CCAUCCUUCAUGGCUUUCUGCUCUCUUCCUGUCUGGCCAUUUCGCCGCCGGGGGACGGCCGCCGCCUCCGCUUCUCCCCCUUCGGCUCCGGUCCUUCCGCUCUUGCCGUUGGCCGGGUAUCCGGCACGGUUGACCUCCCUCCCGCAAAGAUCAUGUCGAGAGCCUUAGCACGUCGCCCGGUGCCUCCUUUCCUGAGACUGCGCUCCACCGUGUGCGAUGACGGCUGCUGGAUGGGCAGAUUGGACCACAAGGACUGGCUCGCCCCAAACGAGGUGCUCAAGAUAUUUGCCAACAUCAGGGACCCUAGCCUGAUAACCGGUGUGUUCAAUAAAGCAUGCAACCGAAGAGACUACAAGCCCAGUGAGGCGCUGUACAGCUUGAUGAUUGACAAGCUGGCCUGCGCCAGGAGGUUCAGUGAUGUAGAGGAGUUGCUGGCCAGGGCAAGGACUGAAAAGUUCAGGUUUUCAGACGAGUUCUUCUACAGGCUGAUCAAGAUGUACGGCAAUGUGGCAGAACACCUUCAGAAAGCCAUCGACACGCUCUUUGCGAUGCCUGGGUAUAAUUGUUGGCCUUCUACAAAGACAUUCAAUUAUGUUCUUCACAUGCUUGUGUGUAAGCGGCAGUAUGAGGUGGUCCAUGAGAUCUACUCGAGCGCGCCCAGGCUUGGGGUGACGGUGGACACAUGCUCCUUCAAUAUUCUUGUCAAGGGUUUGUGCCAAUUUGGUAAAUUUGAUGAGGCAAUCUCUUUGCUGCAUGAGAUGCCAAAGCAGGGGUGCCAGCCUAAUGUGACGACCUACUCAACUUUGAUGCAUUUCCUUUGUCAGCGCUGUCAGGUUGAUAAAGCAUUUGAGCUGUUUGAGAGAAUGCAGAAGCAGGAUAUUGCUGCAGAUACAGUUGUGUACAAUAUUUUGAUCUCUGGUCUCUGCAAGGAGGAAAGAGUGACCGAGGCAUUCAAUCUGUUCAAAUCAAUGACGUCUAAAGGGUGCUAUCCUAAUUCAGGGACUUAUCAGGUACUUCUUGAUGGUCUUAUCAGUUCAGUAAGGUUCAUGGAGGCCAAGAAUCUAGUUAGCAUCAUGAGUACAGAAGGCGUGAGGCCUAGUUUCCAAUCCUACAAGCUGCUGAUUGAUGGCCUAUGUAGUGAUGACUGCUUAGACGAUGCACACCAUGUCUUGAAGCAAAUGGUGGGCCAAGGUUUUGUUCCUCGAAUGGGCACCUGGAAAAAACUUCUCACAUCCAUGUGCUGAUAUUUGUUUUCAUGUGGCUGAUUUUAUCGACCUAAGAAGACAACUAAGUGGAGAACUUCAAAUUUUGCAAGGCACCUGAGUAGAGAACUUCAAGUUUUGUCAGAGGAACUUGGAGAUCAAUCCUGGCUUAUUGUCUGCAAGUUUUGGAUACUGCAACCAUAUCAGAAUGACUCAGUGAUAUCAGACAAACCAAAAUUACUCUAUGAAUGCUGUCUAUUAAAACUAGUACAUGAUUAUAGUUUGGUGUUAGCUUUCACGGAUGUUAUUCUGAAAUGUAUAUUUGGAUGAUGUGACAGUGACGCUGACAAAAAACGUGCUUGAUUUUGUAGGUGAUUUAUGCUUGAGCGGUGGAGCCUGCUCUUCUUCUCUGGAGAUGUGGAUUGCUUCCAGGCCAAUAAUACGAACAUGCAUGCCAUGGGGUAGUCUUGAAGCGCAACAGUGCAUCCUAAGUAGUUCUUUUCCUGUCUUUUCUGUUUGCUGUCCAGCUUGUUAAGAAGUAGUUGCAUUAUCACUAUAUUCCGCUUGCUAUGUUAGCCGUGUACGACAACUUUCCAUGGAAAAUUAUCUGGUUAUGGAUCAUAGAGGGCCUUGUAAGGUCGCGAAAUGAAGAUGUUCAAACUAUUUGUCUCCUUGAUUUACUUAUUGCAGUUCCAUUUGCAGUUUUGAUGCGGUCAACUUGCAGCAGGGAAAGAAUCUAGUAAGAAAGCACAGCACUGUUGUAUCUUUAUUUGACAGAAGCGUCCGAAUCUGGAUUCUUGUUUGAGUCUGCAUAAUAUUGCUGCAAAGGAUUCGUUCUCAAAUUACAGUCGGAGAAAUGGGGACGACAAUUGAGAUGCCCAUAGAGCAACAUAUCCUUCUGAAAACAGAAUUACUCUGGCUUGAGGGCAGACGUUUGUCUACGUAAUUUUGUAAUCUUUAUGAGGAAGCUGUGGCAGUCUGGAAGCACCAUCUCAUUAAGUAAUGGAUGACUAAUGUGUACAUUGUACUAGACAAUCAUGUGCACAUGACUUGGAUCGUGAAAGUUGUAUGUGCUUUCAACUAUCUUGUACUGGAAUAGAAGUGUAUUGCACAUGACAUUUAUCAUGAUCGGUACAAUACUUCAUUUCAACAGAUC